GCACCUUCAGUACAUGUAAAACAGGAUUUACGACAUAAAAAUGACCAAUAGAGAGAGUCAACUUUCACCCUCUACUAUCAAUGCUGAUGAUAUUGAGACACAAACAACUGCAGAAGUAAAUAAAGAAAGUGGGGUAAUUACAGUAUUCAACGAUUGCCAAGUACUUCAAGUUCAAAUGAGUUCACUUUUCAACGACAAGGAUUUAAGUGACGUGGUUAUUAAUGUCGGGGACAAGACGUAUAAUGUUGUGAAAUCGAUACUUGCUAUGUCCAGUGAAUAUUUCCGUAAAAUGUUCAGUUCUGAAUGGAAAGAAUCCAAAACCAAUGAAAUCAACCUUGUGGGAGAUUCAAAAGAAUGUGUAAAGUGCUUUGAAGCUUUUCUGCGGUAUAUCUACACAUAUACUGUUGACGUCACUCUCGGGAAUGUCUUGUAUUUCCUCAUGCUGGCAGAUAAGUAUCUAGUCCCACAGUUGACCCAGUCUUGUCUGAAACACAUGUGCAGUAAUUACAACUGUAACGCUAAUGAUGCGGGACUGACUCGAGUCUAUUCUUGGUUAUGUUAUUCGCAAAAAGCUGGACACAACAACUUAGAGCAGUUGUGUGUCAACCUUUUAUCAUGGAAUUUGAAAGUCCGCCAUCUGGUUGAACAUGGACUUGGAAAUGAUAAAGAUGUUUCUGGAAAAAAGCGACUUGAUUGUUCCAGACGAGUUUGCACUACAUCAGUGGGUUGUAACGAGGAUUGA